CCGGGCCGGGGCUGGCUGGGGCGGGGAGCGGGCAUAAAGGCGCUGCCUCGGGCUCAGCCUAGCGGUAGCGGGCUGCUUGCUGGCACGGCAUGGCCGGGGGAAGGAAAAAGCAGCGGCAGCGGCAGCGGGCCGGACAGUCGAAGCGCAGCCCCCAGCAGCGGCCGGCGGCAGCGGGAGAACAUGUGAAGUUACAGAGAAAGGAGGAGGUGAAAUGUUCAAACUGUGACAAAACACAUACGCUCCUUCUCUCCUCGGAUGGGAAACUUUCCGAACACUGGGCUACAUCUUCGGGUAACUGCCUAAAGCCAAGGCUGGUGGAAGAACUGGGAAACCAUGAAAUUGUUCAAAUAGCCUGUGGGGACCGUCACUCCUUGGCACUGUCCCGAGGAGGUGAGCUCUUUACCUGGGGCCAGAAUGCCUGUGGACAGCUUGGAGUGGGGAGACAAGUCACGCUCACCCCCAAACCACAGCUGGUGGAAGGACUAAAGGGCAUCCCACUUGCUCAAAUUGCUGCUGGAGGAGCUCACAGCAUUGCUGUGUCACUCUCUGGAGCCGUGUACUCCUGGGGAAAGAACGACUUUGGACAGCUGGGACUCGGACACACGGAAGACAAGGACUACCCAUCAUACAUUGAAGCAUUAGAGCACUGGAAGACUGUAUUUAUCUCAUGUGGGGCAGAUCAUACUGCAGUUCUCUCCAAGGAUGGCUUGGUGUGCACAUUUGGAGCAGGAGGGGCUGGCCAGCUUGGGCACAACUCCACCCAGAAUGAACUAACACCUCGUGUAGUGGCUGAGCUGUGGGGAGCAAGAGUUUCGCAGGUUGUUUGUGGAAGACAGCACACCCUGGUCUAUGUUCCCUCCUUGGACAAAGUCUAUUUAUUUGGUUCUGAUGAAGGACAGCUGGGAAAUGAGAGAACGGCUAAUCAAUUGAUACCACUUCCCAUCAAUUCACCAGUGGAUAAUGGAAAAUUCUGUCAGAGUAAUGAACACUGCAGAUGUGUGCAGUCACCGUCAGAAGAAAAUGAGAGUAUUGUCCUUUGCUUGAAGGAAAGGAAUUCCUAUCCUUUGAAUGGAAUUGCAACUCUGAAGGAGAACGAAGUGGAUGCAUGGAUUUCUAAUUCCCGUGCAAAACGUUGGAAAAGUAUAAAGAAGAAAAUCAGACUGAUCUUUUCAUCUGAGGCUUGCAUCAAUGGAAGCUUCCUGGAGAAGAGAGACGAACAUUUCAAAACUUCCAAAGAAAUCUCAGGUGUAGAUAUGAGAGAAGUACAAUGCUUUUAUAAGAAAAUCAGCCACAAGACAUUACUCUACCUGGAGGUGCAAAAUGGGAUUGAGGAUUUGCUGCCAUCAUUGUCUUCCUCUCCCAUCUCACCUGAAAAUUUCAGAGUCUACUUGAUCUUGCCUUUCCUUCUUCAGGGAGAUGAUGACAGCUCUUACCGUUCUCUCAGGCUGCUAGCAAAAGCCAUCUUGAGGCUCCAGGAGAAGGACCGGAAAGCUCUUGAAUGCCUGUGGUCAAAUCUAGACACAUUAUUUUUCAAGAAUCUGGUCCUUAUAUAUCAGAAGCUUUCCCAGAACACACUGUCUCAAUUAGUCAGGAAAUAUGGAGUGUUUCAAAUAGAUGUAUUUGAACGUGAGAUUACCAUUAGACUGCGUGACCCUCUGCAAAUACUGCAUAUUCUUUACCAGGUAAACACCAGGGCUGGCUUCAGGCUACAAGAAAACAACUUUUAUGUGCCCGAAGUGAAAACGAUUAUCAAAUAUUUAUGCAACAUGGAACAAGAAGUGAUAUUUCAGAGGGUGUUAUUUCUGAGGGUGACAUUUCAGAAGGCGACAUUUCAGAGGACUCUAGGGAUGCUGACCAAAUAUCCAUGCAUCUUUGACAAGCACGACAAGAUCUUAGUUCAUUAUUUAGAAUGUGACAGUCUGUACACAUGCAACAACUCUGUAAGUCCAGACUGGAUAUGCGAGAAACCCUUUAUUUUUCAAGUCAGACGAGAACGCCUUCUGCAUGACAUACGGCAUCGUUUAAUAACAGCAGAAAAUGAUGAGUUCAGGAGGAACUUAAAAGUGCUGUUCGUGGGCGAGGCAGGGCAGGAUGACGGCGGGCUGUCCCAGGAGUUCUUCGUUACCGCCGCCAGGGCCUUCAGCGACCCCCGGAGCGGUGCCUUCCGCCACUUCCCCUCCCGGCUGGUCUGGUUCCCCAGUCAGGUGCCAAGCCACGACGACACUUUUGUCCUGAUUGGGACCCUGUUUGGGAUGGCUUUGUAUAACAAAUGCCAUGCUCCCUUCCCCUUCCCCAUUGCUCUCUUCAAGAAGAUGUUGAACAUCACGCCCACCCUGGAGGAUCUGAGGGAGCUGAUGCCGGCAGUAGCCAGGAAUCUUCAGAAUAUUUUGAAUGAAGAAUCUGAGGAUGAGCUUGAGAGCCACCAACUGACCUUUGUGCACCUGGAAGAAGGAGGUUCCGUGGUUGAGCUUAAAGAAAAUGGUGCCAACAUUCCUGUCACUAAGCAUAACAGGAAGGAAUUUGUUGACUUAUAUGUGAAUUACAUACUCAAUGAAUCGAUACGGAAGCCAUUUGAGGACUUUAUGCAAGGUUUUUUAAGAGGCUGUCCAGCUCAAAGCUGGAAGAUGUUUCUUCCUGUGGAGCUCCAAGUUGUUCUCCUGGGACACGCAACGUACAACUGGAGUCUGCUGAAAAAGAAUGUGAUGUACAGACACUAUCAAGAGUCACAUCAAACCAUCAAGAACUUUUGGACUGUGUUUUUCAAGCUCCCAGAAGAAAAAAAGAAAAAGUUUCUUGCUUUUUUGUCAGGAUCUGAUCGAAUCCCUGCCUAUGGACUGGAAUAUUUUAGAUUCGCUAUUGAAGAUCCUGGAUGGAAAGAUCCAGAUAUUUUUUUUCCCGUAGCUAAUACCUGCAGCCACAUUCUCGUCCUCCCCAGGUACAGCAGUAAGGAAAUACUAGAGGAAAAGUUCCUCUAUGCCAUAGAGCAUGAUGAAGGUUUUGACUUGAAGUGACUUUUGGUAAGGAGCACAUUUAAGCACGAACAAGAAAGCAAGUCUUUGUUUCACUUGUAGUAUUUUUCCUCUUGGUAACCAAUUUACUGGUUUCUACCCUGACUUUUUUUUACUGUACUUCAUAAACACUUGACUGUGCGUAUUCACUGAGGUUGUAUAUUGAUUAUAUACUUGAUUGUUAGAUUAUAAAAUUAGUAAAAAAAAAAAAAAAAAAGAAUACUAUUUAACAUGCUUGCAAGAAGCAAGUUGGUAAACAAGUAUAUUUACAUGUAUGUUCAUCCUAAUUGCGCUGUAAUGGUCUUCUUCAGUUGGUUGAGCUAUCAGCAACAGGUUUUCUGGGAUUUGUACAUUACCAAACACGCAGACUGUGUAUGCUAAAGUCAUUGUCACAAGAGGAGGCCAGGACAACAUUUUAAUCUGUGUUAGUCAAGGAUUCUCUUGGAGAGCAACCAACUCCAAGGAGACCUGAUCCAUUAAAUAGUGAAUUGAAGGCACAAUCUGUACAAAGGCCUUUUACUUAUCUGAGAGAAGUUCUUAGGAAGAGGAUUUGAUCAUUCCUAGACUUUGUCAGAAGCUGUAUUUGUAAAGCAUUAAUUACUUUGUUGUGUUGCCUUACAUCUUCUAAGGAGAUGGCUGGCAAUUAAAACAGAAUUUUAGGCCUACAGAACAGCUCUGUUCUGCAGAACGUUGUGAAUAUGAGGCUUGCAGGACUGUUGGAAGCUCAUUGCCAAAACUGUUUGACACUGGCAGGAUAUUGGCAAUGUCAGGCAGGAUGUAAAGGCAGAAUGUGUAUUUUCUCUAUAUAUUUUGCUUUCUGUAAAAAAAAAAUAAUAAUUGAGGGAUAGCAGUCAUGAUUUUUCUGCCGUCCUUUUUCCCUUGGUGUCAGUAGAUGUACAUAUGUAAAGAAGGCUUUUACUGUGCUAAAUUAAAUGAUGAUUGAUUAAAUUCUCAUA